GCACAAUUCAUCCCAAUAUGGAUUCCCGAGUUGGGCAAGUCUUCCAGCAACGUGACGGUGAUUUUUAACCCUAUAUCUGAAAUCUAACACUCGUAUCAUUUUAUUCGAGAUAAAUUAAAAAUACUUGACAGUUCCGUGUACUAGUACAUAUGUUGAGGGUUAAUCAUUUGAAGAUAAUUUCGUCUUAGAAAUAUAAACAUAAGAAAAUUAUUUAGUAUCUCAACGGAACACGUUUGUUGAGGAUCAACGUUUGACAAUUUUUAAUUGUAAUUAAUAUAAAAUACCAUCGCGUAAUCGAGCCUAAACGUUUGAUCGGCAAUAAUUACGUAAUUAAUUAAUUGAUUCAUCAAAGUUACAUGUUCGUAGUUAGAGAUUCCUAAAGUAGCUACGUAAUUGAUCCUGUAUAAUGUCCGAAGCCUACAAUUAUGCUUGCGAGAGAGCAGAAUUACUCGGUUUGCCUAUUCCAAAUUUCGAUGAAUGGACUGAAAAUCAAAAAGCACAGGAAGCUAAUAGUGCCGAACCCGGGGACGAUGAUGACGCGAUCCUUCAGAAUUUGGACAGCUCGAACGAAAGUGCGCAAAGAGUUAGCGGUGGAUUGGACGAAUUGAAUACCAUCCUCAAUGUAACUCAAAAAAAAAUCAACAGAUUUAAGAACGUUUGCGGCAGUCUGAGUACGUUGCUGAAAGUAAGGGUAGGAUCACGUAGUGGUACACCGAAUCAUAAAUCAUUGGAACAUGAUAAAGGAAAAGAAGGACAAGUAACGAUACCAGCGGAAGAAGAAAGCAUGACGGUCGAUUUAUCGGAGAAUUCGAAAAAUCCAAUAAUUACCGAGGAAAGUAGCGACAGCAUUGCUAUGUCUAAAAAAAUUGACAUCAAUGAAAAAAUGGGCUCGCAUUUGAACAAAUUAGAAUCUUUGAUAACGAAAGCCGAAAAUGCUCAAUACAGUAUGCAACAUCAGACGAAACAAAUGAAAAAAAUUUUAAAAUAAUUUUACUAUUCCAAUAUAUUGAUUUCGCUGUAAUAAUACUAUCGAAAUAUCUGUCUAGUUUCAUUUUUAUCUACUAUUGGACUAUCUUGCAAUGAAAUAUCUACGUCAUUUGAUAAUAAGUUAUUACGCGAUAACGUUAAAGCUUGAUACAUAUGUAUUUAUAUCGUUAUUAUGCAUUGAAAUAUUUAAAAUGAAGACGUUACAAUUAACAAUUUGAAAAAAUUUUAAUUGCAAUGAUUAGAUAGAAACAAAGGCAUUUCCGAGAAUUGCAAAUAUUUUUAUGAAUCUAUACGUUAUAAUCGUAAGAUCUGUAAUUAAUUUAAUAUAAGUACAAAUUUGUUAAUUAACGAAGGGGAAUGAUCCUCGUAAUUGUUUAUUACGUCGUUCGACGUAAAACAUUGUUAGAUUUGUUGCCAGAUAGAUGUGCUACUACUCGACAAAAUCAAAUCGUAUAUUCAAACUUUAUUAGAUAAUUCAAUUUCGCUGAUUCAU